CAUAAACAGUCUGAGCAAAUGACAGAGAUUGGCUUGAAGCUACAGAAAUGGCUCCAGUUAAAAUUAGACAUAUCGUGUCCUUCACGUCUCAGGAUCCUAAAUAUCCAGUGGACAACCUGCUGCUUGAAGGAGGCCGCCAUCCCUGGCUCAGCUGCCCCCAGGACAGGAGCCGGCUGCUGAAAGUGGAGCUGCAGUUGGAACAAGCGAGCCACGUUGGCUACAUUGACGUAGGGAACUGCGGCUCUGCCUUCCUUCAGAUCGAUGUGGGCCGCUCCUCUUGGCCUGCAGACCAGAGUUACCUCACCUUGUUACCCACCACCACCUUGAUGACACCAGCUGACGCCAAGUUGGACAAUAAUCGUUCUGGGGUCCGGAUGUUUAAAGAAGGGGACUUCCUGGCCGGGGUGCUGGGGGAGAAAUGGGACCGUGUCAGGCUGACUUGCAGCCAGCCCUUCAACAAGCAUGCCCAGUUUGGCCUCUCCUUUGUCCGGAUUCGCACCCCGUCGGAUGAUGAUAGCAAGACGGACCUGCCUUCCUCGCCCGCCCAGGCCCCUCCUGAGCCCACAGGUAGCCCCUGGCUCUCCAGUGCGGCCAUCUGCAGAACGUUCUUCCCGGAGGCACCAGCGAGCAGCGCAGAGGAAGCGGCGCUAAAAACCCGUCUGCAGCAGCUGGACCCGGCCUCCAGCCCCAGGACGCGGAGUCCAGACUGCUUGAGCCGCCCGGCCAGGAUGGUACUGAAGGCGGCCACGGCCCGGAGAAGAGCCUUCCCCCUCGGGGGCAGCCCCACCUCUUUGGCCACGGAGAGCAAAGAGCAGGCCCAGCCGGCGGGAGACGCAGCUCAGAGCUGCACAGCACCUUGUGAGGUCCAGGCAGGAAUUGUCCACGAGAAGAGAUCGUAUGAGAACCAAGAGGAAGAGGGGAUUGUCCUGUGGGGCUGGGAGCGGCCUCCUCUGUGGGGCCGAGGCCUGGUUCUCGAUGGGAGGGAAGAGGCCGAGGUCGAAAGGGAAGGUGGCAGAAGAUGGAAAGCGAGAAAGAGCCAGGUGAAGAGGAAGAGAAUGGGCCAGAAGAGGCGGAUGCGGGGGUGGGCACGUGCCCCAUCUGUGAUGCAACCCAACUGGAAAGAAAUAGUGAACAAGAAAUUAAAAUUCCCCGAAGGCCUCCUGAGUGCCAUCCAAGAUGGCCACAUAGUGAAGGUUCAGCAGCUGCUGCAGGUGAGCGACGGGAUCCUGAGGCAGCUGGACGAUGCGGAGGACCGGGCCUGGCGGGAGGCUCUCAACCUGGCCAUUCGCACGGGCGGCGAGGAGAUCACCAGGACUUUGAUGCGCUACGUCAAGUUCGACUUCCGCCAGGUCCACGAGGCCUUGCUGGUCGCUGUGGACACCAACCAGCCCCACGUGGUCAAGCUGCUGCUGGACCGGCUGGACCAGGAGAAGAGCCUCAAGAUGGACAUCAAGUCUUUCUCAAUGGCCAUCUUCGACAACUCCAUCGACAACUCACGCUUCGCCCCUGGCGUGACGCCCCUCACCUUGGCCUGUGAGAAGGACCUCUAUGAGAUUGUGGACAUGCUGAUGAAGAAGGGCCACGACAUCUCGCGCCCGCACAAGGUCUCCUGCGGCUGCCUGGAGUGCUCCAACGGCCGCAAGUACGACCUCCUGAAGUUCUCCCUCUCACGCAUCAACACGUACAAGGGGAUCGCCAGCCGGGCACACCUCGCCAUUGCCAGCGAGGACGCCAUGCUCACCGCUUUCAAGCUCAGCCGCGAGCUCAAGCGCCUCUCAAAGAAGGAGCCCGAGUUCAAGCCCGAGUACCUGGCUCUGGAGCAGCUGUGCCAGGAGUUUGCCUUCGAGCUGCUGGGCAUGUGCCGCAACCAGAGCGAAGUGACGGCCGUGCUGAACGACCUGGUGGACGAGGCCACCGGGGAAGUCGAAGACCUGAAUGAGCAGGCCUUCGAGGAGGGGAUCCCCAACCUCGCCAGGCUCCGGCUGGCCGUCAAUUACAACCAGAAACGGUUUGUUGCGCACCCGAUCUGCCAGCAAGUCCUGUCCUCCAUCUGGUGCGGCAGCUUGCAGAGCUGGCGGGGCAGCAACAGCGCCUGGAAGGUCUUCAUCUCCUGCUCCAUCUUCGUCCUGAUGCCGGUCUUGUGUUUGGUCUACUGGGUCGCUCCCAAAUCCAAGGUUGGCAAAAUGGUGAAGAUCCCCGUGAUCAAGUUCCUCUUGCAUUCGGCCUCCUACCUCUGGUUCCUGGUCUUCCUGCUGGUGGAGUCCCUGGUCCUGGAGCAUCAUCACGAGACGUUCACGGGCAGAAACCAAAGCAUGUGGGAGACCUCACUGCACAUGGUGUGGGUGGCAGGGUUCUUCUGGUUCGAGUGCAAGGAGGUGUGGAUCGAGGGUUUGCGCAGCUACCUGCUGGAUUGGUGGAACUUCCUGGACGUCGUCAUCCUCAGCAUGUACCUGGCCUCCUUCGUGCUCCGGGUUCUGGUCUUCCUCAAGGGCCACUUCUACUGCCUGGAUGCCAUUUCCUCCCCAGAAUGCCACUAUUACACUGAAGCGGAACGUGGGGAGUGGCACACGGAGGACCCCCAGUUCAUGGCGGAGGUGCUGUUUGCGGUCACCAGCAUGCUGAGCUUCACCCGCCUAGCGUACAUCUUGCCGGCCCACGAGUCCCUGGGGACACUGCAGAUUUCCAUUGGCAAGAUGAUUGACGACAUGAUUCGGUUUAUGUUCAUCUUGAUGAUCAUCCUGACGGCGUUCUUGUGUGGGCUGAACAACAUCUACGUCCACUACCAGGAGUCCGAGAGGCUGGGAAGCUUCAACGAGACGUUCCAGUUCCUCUUCUGGACCAUGCUGGGGAUGGAAGAACACAAGGUGGUGGACAUGCCCCAGUUCUACGUGGCCGAGCUGGUGGGGAGAGUGCUCUAUGGGGUCUUCACCAUCGUGAUGGUGGUGGUCCUGCUCAACAUGCUCAUUGCCAUGAUCACCAACUCCUUCCAGAAAAUCGAGAACGAUGCUGACGUGGAGUGGAAAUUUGCACGCUCAAAACUCUACUUGUCAUACUUCAGGGAAGGCUUGACGCUGCCCGUUCCCUUCAACGUCAUCCCGACGCCAAAGUCCAUCUUCUACGUCAUCAGGGGCAUCUUCGGCUUCCUGUGCUGCUGCAAACCAAAGCGGCAACAGAACUACCCUCCGCUGCCGACCAUUUGUAACCCCUCCCUGGAAGAUGGGGGGCUGCGUAGCGAGAGCCGCAUCUCUUACCGGCGGCAGGUGCUGAAGGCUUUGGUGCAGCGGUACAUCGACACGGCCCGGCGGGAGUUUGAAGAGAGCAGGAGGAAAGACCUGGGCAACCGCCUCACCGAGCUGAACAAGUCCGUGGUGCGCCUCCACUCGGAGAUGAAGCACCUGCGGCACACCGUGGCGGCCAACGGCACAGCUGCCAACCCCUUGGAUGGCGCCAGCGUCCUGCGCAAGUACAUCAUGAAGGUGCGCAGCAGCUUCCAGAGUUACGACCACGACUCGGGCAGCUCCGGCGAGGGGUCUCCAGCAGAGGUGGUCGUGCACCAGAAUGGGGUCAUCGCCGAGGAAGAGGGGCUGCCCUUCCCACAGGAGGGUGAGGUGGGGGCGGAGGAAAAGCCCCCCAGUGCUGACACAGAGCCGGCCAAUGGAGAGAAGCCGGUGGAGGAGCCGGAGACUUAA